AUGCCAACAAAUGGCUCAAAACGCAACAAGGGUUUCUCCCAACUUAUUCAGCCAAAUGACAACGAGGCCAGAUCAAAGCCAGCAUCAGGUCCCGUGAUACGAGGUUUAAGUUGGAUGAGGAGAGACAGGGCCGGUAGCCAUAUCACCAAGUCCACGCCCCUCAACAUGCGUGAUACUGAUUCAAGUGUGAGGAAUUUGUGA